AUGCCCGACCUAAAAGUAGGUAUUUUGGGAUUCCCAGAUCCCAGUCUACUUCAAGCGCCUUCCCACUUCAAGAAUCGAUCUGCCUCGGCCGUGCGUUGUUACUCUCUGGGAGGGCCUGAACCCAAUCUGCUCGAUUCGCCGUCCUGCUUCGUGUCUCUACCUGCUUUUUUCGACCGACCGACAUGCACGAUCUCGAAGAGAUUGCCGCUACCGCUAGGUCCCCCCAGGUACAUCGUCACCUGCCCCGAGGGCUCCGAGCUGGUGCGCCCCUCCGACGUGCUGUUCGUGCUCGCCAGCCCCGAGUUUGUGGCCCGGGCGGAGCGGGAGGGGCAUCUGCUCACUCUGAGCAACAGCCACACGGGCACGAACUCGCCGAUGGAGCCGACGAGGGCGUGGACCAACAGCCACAGCUUCGUAGAUUACUGACGCAGGUCCUGCUGCUCGCCCCCAGCAGCAGGGCCUGGAGCGGAAGCGCCACGGAGUCCUGAGAUCGUGGGCUUGCGAGGGAGAGGCUCGCCGAUGUCGACGGCGAGGGCUUGCAGCAACCACCCACAGUGUCGUCGAGUCUUGACGCGGGCCUACUGCUCACCAGGGUUUCAUCAACAUGUUGCUUUGGCAUUCUCGUAGAUCGUCUUCGUGUUCUCGCGUUCGUUCGGGGGCCCUCCAUUGGCCGAUCACGACUUCGGAUUUUCGCUGAGGCGCGUUGUUUUUUUCUGGCGUGGGCCAGGCCGCUUUCGUUCCCAGACGCCCCGAAGCGAAAACGGCACGAAAGCGCAGAGCACGGUCUUUGCUCGGCCCCUGCUGCUACCCCCGAGGCAGCAAAAGCAGCCCGAAGCGCCGGAGGCAUCGGCACACACGGGACCGCUCGCCGAUCUCCGCGGGCAGGGUCCCGGAGCAGCAGCGGCAGGGAGCCCCGGCGCGGGCGUCCACGCACACCCGCCCGGCGGGGUUAGGCGUGCAGCUACGA